AUGCGGUGCGACGAGAAGCGGCGAGAGUGCUACCGGAAGCGCAAGGAAGGGUUGAAGAAGAAGAUCUUCGAACUGUCGACGUUGUGCGGCGUCAAUGCCUUCUUGGUUUGCUACGGACCGUCGGGAGACGUCGUCACAUGGCCCCCCGACGACCACGCGCUGCGCGAGCUCGUAGAGAAGUAUGAGAGCCUCACCGCGGAGACGAAGGCCAAGCACAACCUCAACAUGUCAUCCUACCUUCUUUCCGAGAUCCAAAAACAGCAGAAAAGGCUCAACAAGGUUACGGCCGCAGAUGAUCUUCUCGCCCGGUGGAACGGCCGUCGGCUCGAUGACAUGACGGAGGUCGAACUGCGAGAGCUACUGCAGCUGCUGGACGAAACUUUGGAGAGAGCCCAACGGAGGAUCGCGUACCUCUACAGCGAGAAGUGCUUCGAUGAAAACAUCGAAAGCGGUCCAUGCUUCACUCCCCCUACUCCUUUGGCGGACGAAGAUGUUAACUUUGCGCACCUCUACGGUGGGAAGCACUUCGACGAAAGCCUCGAAAACGGUGGUGCCGAAACUGUUCCAUGCUUCACUUACCCUACUACUCUUUUCGCAGACGAAGAUGAUAAGUUCGCGACGACGAGGAUGGAGACAUGUUUGAACCAUACAGAGAUCCCUUUGAUUGGUUAUUUCCCCGCCGAAGAGCCCUCGGCGGAAGUGAACUUCGACGGGAACAAUGUGUUCUUCCCUUUGGACUACAACAUUAACACUUCACCCCUUGCUUCCACGAGUAAUUCUUCGUUCCAGGAGGAAAACAAUAUGAAAACAUUCUCGGCCGCGACGACGACGACGCCGAUCUACACAUCGGCAUUGUAUUACUAUGGAUAA